AUGCUUCUCCGUCUUCUUCCCGCUGCCACCCCUAAUCAGCCUAACCCACCUACUAUCCUCUUCACCCUUCCUCUUCCUAGUCAUCCUUACACUGCUCGAUCCCUCCCUCUGCCUGCCAACUUACUCGCCCAUCGUUCGGUCUGUUUACAAGAAGAAAUAGAAUGUUCCAAUGUUCUGCUUGGCGAAAAGUCAUCAUGGAUUGGAGGUGCCGUAGACGAUGUCACCUUCUCUCUUCCCACUAAUACCAUCUCCACCCACAUGAUCGACGGAACAUGCCUUACCAUGCCUAUCGAUCCCGUCUGCGCCAUUCAACUGGAAAGAGUUGUUCACGAAGUCAGAUUGUCGUUUGCUCCACCACCCCCGACCGCUAGGACGAGCACCUCCAGUCUAGCAAGCACUUCGUCAACCUCCUCUGGAAACAGCGCCUACGGUGGUAUACAGAUUCCUCAGUCUAAACGAACCCCUUCAGGUCUCCUCUACUCUCUUCUUUCCCCUUUACUCCCGGGACAAGCCUCUCGUGCGGCUUCUCCUCCUCGUAGACCUGAAGCCGAGAUAUCUCCGGCACGGAUUCAUCGACGACAAGCCCGGUCCAUCCUGGUCGACACUUACCGUCGUCACGUCCUUCCUGACUUGAAAGACCGCCUUUCACAAGCGUACCUCCCGUGGAUCAUUGCGAGCGAAACCAAUAAGAGGUUGGAUGAAUUUGACCUUCUGCGAGGAGAAAUCAAUGCUAUCCUCGCCGUUUCCAAGGUGGACCACCGAUUCUUAGGUGCACCACUUCAACGAUGUUCUUCCAGAAAUUCAUCAGACGAAUCAGAUUCCGAAUCUGAUUGUAACCCCUACACUCCAGCCUCAUCCGUAUCAUCCACUCAAUCAGGUUGUACCACACCUCAGAGCACUCGCAGAUCAUCUCCAUCACCCCAAUCUUUUCUACUUUCCAUCCCUCCCCCACAUGCUCUGCCUGUGGAACAUCGUGAAGCCUACUCUGCCCGCUUAGUUGCAUUGAGUCGGAUCGCCUCUCGUCUAGCCGCGAUCAAACGGUUGGGCACGAAGUAUGAAAGGGAAGAAGGGAAACGCCGAUGGUUGGAAUCGUUAGAAAGGGGAAAAGCUGGUGAUCGCGCUCUUCGUCGAGCUUACUCAAAUGGAGAAUUACCACUCAACACUGCUGCUCAUAUGUCAUCUCGACCGAACCGACCGUCACGUUUGGUCAUGUCUUGGACGAUUGAAGAUGAAGAGAAUAAACCUGUUCAUCCGGCCAUGUCAUCAGAUUCCGAGUUGGAAGUGGAAGCUUCUUCAGUCGAGUCCAUUUCCGAUGCAGAGUCCGAGUCGGAAUUAGAUGAAAUGGAGAUGUCCGAUCGCGCGGCACUCACCACACCUCCCACUCCUGUGACCCACGAGAGACCUACGUUGGUCAUUCCCGAGUCAUCGUUGGUGAUGGGUGAAGAAUCUAUGUUACUGGGUUCCGAAGCUCAGAUGGAAGGAGAAUUCCUUAUGGUGAAAGAAAAAUCCAUGAACAAACAUACAAAUCUUGUCAUUCGAGUAACACCACCCGACUCUCUCAUCAUGGGCUACAAAGACGAUUCGUCAUCUUUGAUGUCAUCUAAAUCGGACGAAUCGAUCGAAGAUGACUGGGAAAUAGAAACUAGAUCUUCUGAUUCUUCCGACUCUUGUGAAUCGGACGAAUCUCAAACCCCAGUCACUCCUACUAUUCCAAGAUCAUUAUUACCCACUCCGAAAAUCCAACAGAAGUCGACAUUCGGAUACGACGAUAUGUCCUUUGAAGAUUUGGAGAUUGAUGUUUAUUAAACUGGAACCAUUUCAUCUCGCGUCUCAAUAUCAUCUCGAACCAUCGAUCUACCAUGUGUAUAAAAUGAGUAUCUAUUUAGAGAACAAUCAUGGACAUUAGAUUUCUUUGUCUACAAAUCCGGACAUUAGGAGGAUGAGGGAAGUCCCUCGGGGAAAGGAAGGAGGAAGGUUAGGAGAUGAAGGAAUGUAGAAGAUAGAUAUUUAUCCGGAAAGAAGUCAAGAGGUCAUUCAUUUUUAUAUUGUGCACGAUCUUUUUGGUGGUUUGGUAGCAUUAGAAAGGAAUGUUGCAUGUGAUUUUAUAUUUCUCUC